ACGGCAGUCCAAGCCCAUCAUCAUCUAGAGCCGCAUAGGUCCUCUCGUCGAGCACGUCGUCGUGUGCGCCCAUUCGGUUAUUGUGCCAAAUAAAAUAACCCUAUCGUAUCGGAGUUUUCGGUUUCUCAGGCGCGCUGAUAAAAAAACAAAUUUAGUGCUGCCGAGUAAGUACUUGAUAAAUGACAGCACACGCAACGCGGAGUAAAAAAAAAGAGAUGUAUAACUAAUGCAGAUGUAUAGAUGUAAGUGAAAACCCGACACGGCUGCUACAGCUAUUACAAUUUAUCUGCGUGUGUGCAGUGUGUUCAAAAGAGGAAGAAGAAGAAGAAGAAGCAGCGCAGCAAAGGAAGAGAACACAAAAACGAGAGAAAAUUCAGUAGCUCUCGCGGCCGUCUAGGCCUGCCAUCGACGAGAUGGCCAAGACGUACGACUAUCUGUUCAAGCUGCUGCUCAUCGGUGACUCGGGCGUCGGCAAGACCUGUGUUCUCUUUCGCUUCUCCGAGGACGCCUUCAACACGACCUUCAUAUCGACCAUCGGAAUCGACUUUAAAAUUCGCACAAUAGAAUUGGACGGCAAAAAGAUCAAAUUACAGAUAUGGGACACGGCCGGCCAGGAGAGGUUUCGCACAAUAACGACGGCGUAUUACAGAGGCGCGAUGGGCAUAAUGCUCGUGUACGACGUGACGAACGAGAAAAGCUUCGAAAACAUCAAGAACUGGAUAAGGAACAUCGAGGAGAACGCCUCAGCUGACGUUGAGAAGAUGCUGUUGGGCAACAAGUGUGAGCUCAACAACAAAAGGCUGGUGUCGAAGGAGCAGGGCGAGGCGUUGGCCAUUGAGUACGGUAUCAAAUUCAUGGAGACCUCCGCCAAAGCGAGCAUCAAUGUCGAGGAGGCCUUUUUCGAUCUUGCCCGGGAUAUCAAAGCGAAAAUGGAAAAAAGACUGGAGGCAUCAAAUCCACCAAAAAGUGGCGGCCACCAACUAAAAGCUAUGGAGCCGCAAAGGAAGCCUCAAAGUCUAUUUUCGCGUUGUUCUAUACUUUGACCCACCUGUUAUUCGAUACUAAGGCCCACUUGUCUACUACUGUUGUCUACUUACGUUCAAAGAGCAGACUUGCAAUGGGCAUCUGCCCACCAAGAGGACCUGUGAUUUUGCUCCUUGAUGAUAGAUAUCUCGUCGAUUGGGUGGUGUUUUUAUAAAUUAUACAAAAUAAUCGACACUCCUAUAAGGAAUUUACUGGCGGGGGUGGGGAGAAACUGUACUGACUUCAUAGGCUGAACUAUUCACACGAUAAAAUAGUGUCCCUUACUUUCCUUCGUCGAAUUCGAUACGAAUGAGUUGAGCAAGUUUUUAUUUUAGAUACUGUGAAACAUACACGAACUUUUUAGAAUCAAACUUGGCUGCGUAAUUGACAAAUCACGACCAACAGUUUUUAAAAAAUGAAGAAAAAAAAAGGAGCAACGAUUAGAAAAAAAAAAAAAAA